AUGGAAGAAAUAGGAAAUUUCAAAGUGGUUGAAAUGCAAGAAACGGAAAUAUCAUCUAAACUUAAAAAGUUACCUAAACCAAUUGGUUAUGAACGUGGGCUUUUAUUGGCUCAAAGGAAUCACAAGGACUCUCCAGGGUAUUCUAAGGAAGACACUGAGCAAAACGCAGAAGUACCACUAGCUGAUUCAGAAUCCUGGAUACCAUGGUUGGAUGAUCGAUUAGAAAGAGCGGUUGCUGAAGUAUUUAAUUUUAAACCAUUAGAAGACUUUUGGAUGUCACUGAGGAAUAUUGAAGUGGAAAAUGAAAUGACUAUAAUAUUAAGCAAUACACAAACUGCUGAGGAAGUGAGUCGCGAAUCAGCAGAUUCAACGUCUCCGGAUAGAUCAGAGAAUGAUAAUGAUGAUGAUACGUUGACAACAUCCACUCCUGCUGAAUCGAACACGAUAUUAUCCGAAACAGAAGCAGCAACAGCUGUAGUUUUAUCACAAUCAGGAAUUACACAAACUACAACUACCGCUUCCGUAGCAUUUGAAAGUGAACAAACGGAGCAAUCAUCUGCGCCGGAUCAGAUAGUAGCAAGUGUAGCAGCAAAUAAUGCAUUAAACAGGGAAGAAUUCAUUUGGAAUUUGGAUACACCGCCACUUGUACCACACAAUUUAAUUAAUAAUCUGUCUUGUCCAAUACUGAAUGGAAUUCGAACUAACGAUGCACCACUACCGAUUUUAUCCGCACCUAUCGUAAAUUCAUCGCAUCGUCAAAGUUUCACUUCAAUCGAUCAAAUUACCUUAGCUAUUCAGAGUCGACCGUCAAUUGUGCAUGCUAAGCCAUCACAAUCACGAAAUUUUCCAUUUGUACAAAGAAGUGGAGAUGGUAUUGUCAUGCCAGCUUGUUAUAGUGGGCAAUUUCAGCAAAGUCGACCGUCAAUUGUGCAUGCUAAGCCAUCACAAUCACGAAAUUUUCCAUUUGUACAAAGAAGUGGAGAUGGUAUUGUCAUGCCAGCUUGUUAUAGUGGGCAAUUUCAGCAAACUACGCCAGCAGCAACAACGAGUGGUUCAAUUGGAGGAAAUGCGGCGAUGAGUGGAUAUAAUUAUUAUUCGAUGACAGCUUAUUAUACAACAUCAGUUACACAGACUACGCCAGCAGCGACAGCGAGUGAUUCAAUUGGAGGAAAUGCGGCGAUGAGUGGAUAUAAUUAUUAUUCGAUGCCAGCUUAUUAUACAACAUCAGUUACACAGACUACGCCAGCAGCAACAACGAGUGGUUCAAUUGGAGGAAAUGCGGCGAUGAGUGGAUAUAAUUAUUAUUCGAUGCCAAUUUAUUAUGUAGCAUCAGUUGCACAGGUAACUACUACGACGCUAUAUAAUCAAGCAGGAACGAUAUACGGUGCAAGUGGAAUCAUUGGACAACCAAGUGGAUACGGUAUUCCGAUGUCUGGUUAUUAUCAAAUGCCGCAGAAUCCGUCCACUGUAAAUAGACAAUAUGGCUCUGGUAUGUUUUAUGGUCAACAACCAGUUGUUUAUCCAUCUGUUGCACAAGCAACUGCAUAUUCUUCAUUCCCACGAACUCAUGAACAGAUGUCAAUCUGGUCUGUUUGGAAUGAAUGGUACAGUCAGUCAAGAAGUUAUGUUUUACACAACAAUGAUGAAUAUCCAUCUCAUCAAACAUAA